AUGUACAAGUGGGCGUACCCCGGUAACGACGCUAGCAGGAAUUCGCCACGGGCCCAGCACAUCGUCAAUGUCAUGAACCAGAUGAGGCACCAGAACGAUUGCGCGGAACUCAUCGAAUCGCACGAAGCCAGGACCAGUGGCACGUACGACAUCGAAGGUGCGAGACAAUUUUAUCGCCGUGCGACCAGUGGUGCCCGGGAUGUUUUUGUAGGUCCCGGCGGUUACCAUCAAGCAUUGCUCUUAUUGGUGGGGAUUCCAAGGCAAAGUCAUGGUUCCCCCCGCAGGCUUCUGAACAGGUCCAUAGGUGCCACGUACUCGAUCAUGGAGGAAGUUGUGAACAGUGCCAAGCUAGAUGAUGGGCUGUAG